ACAUGUCAUUAUGUGUUCAUUAUUCAUGCCUCCUUCACCCCCUCAUGAAUCAUGAAUAUUUUCCUCAAACGGUAUGAUUCAUCGUAAAUGAAUAAAAAUUCCUCCAACUUUCAACACUAUUUCAUUUCCCUAUCCCAAAAACCCAAACCCAUUUCAUUCUUCUUCAAUUCUUCUCCUAACUUCUCCCAAUGACAUCUCUAACAACACUCUCCCAUUACCAUCCCCUUUCUUCCUUCAAAAUUCAUAAACAAACACACUCUCUUUCACUUUCACUCUCACGUGUUCCUAUUCGUCCAUUACAAUUCCAAUUCAAACCAAAACCACUAUCAUUAUCUCGUUCACGUUUUCUUCUUUCUCAAUCUCUGCCACGUGCUUAUAUCAGUGGACCCGCGUCCGACCCGAAUGUAGCUGAACCGGAUCCGAAAGUUGAUGGGUUGCAGCAAGAAGAAGCGGUUAUACCGAAAGUUGUAACAUGGGAGCUGCUGGGUUUGCUUUUGUUUAAGCAUAAAUUUCGGAUAGCGCUUUGUGUUGCUUCUCUGUUUGCGUGUACUGCUUGUACUCUAUCCAUGCCCAUUUUUUCUGGACGUUUUUUUGAAGUUCUUAUUGGUGUCAGACCCGAACCGUUGUGGAGUCUUCUCAGUAAAAUGGGAGUUCUGUAUGCACUAGAGCCACUUUUUACUGUUAUUUUUGUUAUAAACAUGAACAUAGUAUGGGAAAAAGUUAUGUCAACACUAAGAGCUCAGAUCUUUGGUAAAAUAUUGAUUCAGAAGGUUGAGUUUUUUGACAAAUACAAGGUAGAGGAAAUCACUGGUUUGUUAACAUCUGAUUUGGGUUCUCUUAAAGAUCUUGUCAGUGAGAAUGUUUCAAGGGAUCGCGGAUUCAGGGCAUUAUCUGAGGUCACUGGAACAUUACUCAUACUUUUUACUCUAUCCCCUCAACUGGCUCCUAUUCUGGCUGUUUUGAUGAUUGCAGUUUCCAUUUCAAUCGCUGUCUACAAGAGAUCAACUGUACCUGUUUUUAAAUCACAUGGUUUGGCCCAAGCAUCUAUAUCUGAUUGUAUAUCAGAAACAUUUUCUGCUAUUAGAACAGUUCGAUCCUUUAGUGGAGAAAAGCGACAAAUGUCUAUGUUUGCUAAGCAGGUUCUAUCUUUCCAAUCGAGCGGUAUAAAGCUUGGAACUUUCAAAUCUAUAAACGAAUCUUUGACUAGAGUUGCUGUUUAUAUUUCAUUAACCGCACUAUAUUGUCUCGGAGGAAGCAAAGUUAAGGCGGGUCAACUCUCUGUCGGAACAAUGGCGUCUUUUAUUGGAUAUACUUUCACUUUGACAUUCGCUGUUCAAGGAUUGGUUAAUACUUUUGGAGAUCUCCGUGGAACUUUUGCGGCUGUUGAAAGGAUCAACUCUGUUUUGUCUGGAGUUCAAGUUGACGAUGCCCUUGCCUACGGUUUAGAAAGAGAACUGAAACAAAAAGCAGUGAACGACGAGAACUACAAAUUAUUCUUCUCUAAUAGUUCUGUGGAGACAAACCAAAAUAAUAAUUUGCAUUACAUGUCAGCAUUAAAAACAUCAAGCAAUGUGUUUAGUUUAGCUUGGUCUGGAGAUAUUUGUCUUGAAGAUGUGUAUUUCUCUUACCCUUUAAGGCCAGAUGUGGAAAUUUUAAGUGGCUUAAAUUUAAGACUAAAAUGUGGAACUGUAACUGCACUGGUUGGUGCUAGUGGUGCGGGAAAAAGUACGAUAGUACAGUUAUUGUCUCGUUUUUAUGAGCCAACAAGAGGUCGUAUAACAGUUGGUGGAGAGGAUGUACGAACAUUUGACAAAAGUGAAUGGGCCCGGGUUGUUUCUAUCGUAAAUCAAGAACCUGUUCUAUUUUCGGUGUCUGUUGGUGAAAAUAUUUCAUAUGGGCUUCCAGAUGACGAUGUUUCUAAAGACGAUGUGAUUAAGGCAGCAAAGGCUGCAAACGCUCAUGAUUUUAUAAUUUCACUUCCACAGGGCUAUGAUACACUUGUCGGUGAGCGUGGAGGCCUACUGAGCGGAGGACAAAGACAGAGAGUUGCCAUUGCCCGAGCUCUACUGAAGAAUGCUCCCGUCCUUAUACUUGACGAGGCGACAAGUGCUCUAGAUACCGUCAGCGAGCGAUUGGUCCAAGAAGCACUCAAUCAUUUGAUGAAGGGGAGAACAACAUUAGUCAUAGCUCACAGAUUAAGCACAGUUCAAAAUGCCCAUCAAAUUGCACUCUGUUCAGAAGGGAGGAUUGCUGAACUAGGCACUCAUUUUGAAUUAUUGGCUAAGAAGGGUCAAUAUGCAUCACUGCAUGGAGCUGGAUAGUUUGAACACUUGGAGGUUGCUUGAGAAGUAUAGCACAACAAGGAGAAACAAUAAAAUAGAAAGGGUAAAGAAAGGAAGUUUUGUAAUUAAUGUUUUAUGGAAUUUUGUUAUUUUGAUGUCGAAA